AUGUUCUCAUCUUUAUGGAUUGGUAAACAACAUUAUAAGGAACCAUAUGUCGAAGGAAGUUCAUUUUUAGUGAGGCAUCAGUUAUUAAAUACAAAUAGUAAUCCGUAUAAAACACCUGUUCAAAACAGAUUUAACUCUUCAACUGAUUUAAAAUUAUCGAGCAGAAAACCGUAUAAAAGUGUUAUUAUUGAAAAAAUGCCUAUUUAUUCUCCUCCCUCGAAAAGUAUUAGUUUUGUUAAAAAUCCAUUUGAACACGCCAGAUUAUUGAAAGAUAGAUUGAGUCAACCUUUGUGUAGCCCUUCAUUAUUUAAAGCGAAUGAGGAAUUCACAUGGAGCAUUGAAGACAUUUCAAUGCUUCAUCCAGCAGAUAUAGAUGAAAAUCCAUCUCAAGAUUUUGAUUCAUGGUUUAGUCCUGUGACUGAAAGCGAAGCACAAGAAGCUAUAAAUAGGCAUGAAUUAAUUUAUUAA